GGAAAAAUCCAGGGUGGAUCAAUGUGCUCCGAUCUCCCCUACAUCGAGGCCUUCACAGGUGCACCUAAUGAAGUGGCCGUGUUUAGUUUGGGGUGGAGCUCCAGAGUAACAUCUCUUCACGUCAUCGACGAUCUUCGGGAAGCGUUCAGGAAACAGACCGGUUUCAGAUCAUGUGGGAGACAUGGCGACAAAAGAGUCAAACUCAGAUGAAAAUACUGUGGAAACAUGUAUUUUCUGUUUGAUAGCGAAUAAAAAAGACGAAGAGACGACGAUCCUGAAAGAGACUAAAGACCUGGUGUGUUUCAGAGACAUUGACCCAGCUGCUCCUCAUCACUACCUGGUUGUUCCCAGAGAGCACAUUUACAGCUGCUUCUUGUUGCACAAAGGACACAUCAAUCUAGUUGAAAGAAUGGCAAAACUGGGGAAAGAUGUGCUCCGUGACCAAGGGAUUACUGAUAUGAUGGAUAUAAGGUUAGGGUUCCACCAGCCACCCUACAUUUCAGUAGGUCACCUCCACCUCCACGUGCUUGCCCCCACCAGCCAAAUCUCAAAGUACAUGGAAUAUAAGUUCACUCCAGGGACCAACUCUUUUGUUACUGAAGAAGUUUUACGGAAGGAUCUUAAGAAUAUUGCCCCACCGCUCCAGUAUCAUUUGGAGACCUGCAAAUUAUUUCAGUGCCUCAGCUGCCCUCAAACUGGACUUUAAAUCAUUGCGGACGAACAAAAAAUGUCUCCGAGGAGUCUGAGUCAGAAUGAGGACUGCAGACACUCUUAAAAUACCUCUGACAUUAUGAAGAGUGGCAUUUACCACAUUAGUAUUCUGAAGCAGUGGCCAACAUCUGGAUGGGCCAAUGCAAUAUAGAAAAUUAACAGUGUUUUGUACUCAUGCAUUGUAAGUGUUGUUUUUAAUGCAGAGUAUGAAUGUACAUGUCAAAAUUGUACUUUUAUGGUAGGUACGUUACAAUAAGAAGAUAAUAGAUUGAUUCCAUUGAACACCGCAGUACUGUUUUAAAAAAAAGUACAUUAUUUAAAUUAUUUAAGGCAUUUUGACAGUUUUCUGUGAUUGACAGUCGAUGUAGAGAGGAGGAACAUGUGUGGAGACCCUGUUGCCUUGGUGUUUGCUGUGUGUCUGCUAAUUUGUAAUAAUUUAAGAAUAUGUAGCACAUAUUCAAAAAUAUGAACACAUUUUUUUUUAAAUAAAUAGAAUUUAUGUAGAACU